CAGCUGUGAAAAAGAUAUUGGAUAUUGGAUAGCUUUCCGCGAGUUAUGGUGUUGUAGGUACUUAGAUCUAAUGAACGCAUAUGGAGCUAUUGUUGAGGGCAUCGGAAAUGAAUUACUUUUUGUCAUCAGCUGCAUGGGAACAAUUUUAUUUCUUAUCAUGGCUUGGAUGUCGACUAGGGUUAAUUGGGAAUUAGUGCCUAUUAGGAUAACUUUACCACGUUAUCCACGUGAAAAUCAAGGUACUGAAACAAGGAUCGCAAGUACAACUGAACAUACUGAGCUUGACACCGCAAACUCAACAGACAAUGUUUCUGCAGCGGGUUCAGACACUGGUUCCGAAAAUGAACUUAAUUCCAAUACGUGUGUUCGUAAGCGUUCACCCGGUCAAAUCUCCAGUUCAGCUGUCCAGAAAAACACAUCUUCAUCAGAUGAUGAAUCGAAAGCUAACACAGAAGAACAAGUGAACAUAACUCGUUCUAAAAAGCGCUUGGUGAUAAAAUUGCAAUAUCUUAAUGAUCGUACUCGAUUCGUCCAUGCAUCUCCAACCAUGUCUGUAAAUCGCUUCAAAAAAAAACACUUUCUAGAUGAAUUAGUCAAUCAGAAAAAGAAUGUUAGACUUAUUUUUCAAGGCCGUGAAUUAGUGGAUGUAUUACCAAAUGAGACAGGUUUCACUAGUGGAGUUAAACCUAAGCGCCGAAGACUCUGUGACUAUGGUAUAACUGAUGGUUCAACAAUUCACUGUCUGAUCACGGCUUCUGUUUUAUCAUCAUCUGUUAACAGGUCGUCUUCUGGAAACGAUCCAGGAAAUUCCGGAAGUAUUUUUGGUUUUCAAGCUACUUCAAGUGAUUCAGUGUUAACAGAGUUCGACAUGGGUACUCGAAUAAUGAAACCGUUGUUUGCCUUCCUCUUGCUUUUCACUUGGUUUUUUAGAAUUGCCUACAGACAAUAUUUUAAUUCUGUUUCUACAUUUGCCUUGGUGGCACUAACAGUAUUCUUUUGUGGAGCUGUAUUUACCGUCAGUCUUGUGAAUGCUACAUCAACAGUUGCUUCGUUAUUUGGUAUUUCGUUUGCAGAUAGUGAUAUAUCAAGCCAACAGUCGGAGGAAGUAGACAACAGUUCAACAAGUCAUCUUCAUCAGGAUGAUGUACAAGUCGUAACUGUGACUAUGGUCGCACGCCGUAUUCUAACUCAGACACCCACCAGUCAAACAAACAAUACAGCUCUGUCUUCCGAAGAAACAGAUGAUGGCAAUAAUAAUAGUAGUAAUCCUGUUAUUGAAGAUGAGAUAACCAGUGAAUUCUAAUCAAGAUCAGAUUAAUCAUUGAAAUAUUUUAUUCAUACUACUGUAUCUUUCGAAUCAUCUGUAGUUAAAAUCGUUGUAUGAGUUGCUAUAUUUAAACCCUUGUUUCUGUGUACAUCUUAUCCUUUGGUUUUCCAGUCUUCAGCUGGGGUUAUCUUUUUUGUACAUACAAAUUAAAAUAACGGUACUUAGUAUUGAAUUUCCUAACUGAUUUUAUGUUUAUUUAGUUGUUUUUAUGAUAAGCACAGUGUAAUUUCGGUUAUAAUGUGAAAUUCAAUUCGUUUGUAUUACAAGUAGUACUGACUCAACGCAAGUUAGCUAUUGUGCUUAUAAUAAUUAUCGAUCGAUUAUGUUACCCUUAUUCGGAAUGAAAUUAACUCAAGCCAUAUACCAAAAGUUAUUUGCUGACUAGUGAUUUUGUCCAGUUAAGCGGUGACAUACUACUGUUCACAGUUUUAAAAAGGAUUUUGGUGAGUAAAAAAGAAAGAAAUCUGUUGAUAAACAAUCGAAUUAUGAAGUAAUCAGCGAA